UGCACCCGGCACUCAUCUCCCUCCUCCCCUCUGCCCUUCCUCUCCAACCGCGGCGCCACCCAUCGCACAGCAGCCGCGUGCGGUGGGGUGGUUCCGCGCAGCAAUGGCGAGGAGGCAGCACAUCACGAUAUUCACCACGGCGAGCCUGCCGUGGAUGACCGGCACCGCCGUCAACCCCCUGUUCCGCGCGGCCUACCUCGCCAAGGCCGGGGAAUGGGAGGUUACGCUGGUGGUGCCGUGGCUCUCAAAGGGGGACCAGGUGCUGGUUUAUCCUAACAAGAUGAAAUUCGGCUCGCCGGCGGAACAAGAGGGCUAUGUGCGGCGGUGGCUUGAGGAGCGGACCGGGCCGUUGCCGAGGUUCAACAUAAAUUUCUAUCCCGCCAAGUUCUCUACGGAUAAAAGAAGCAUUCUACCUGUUGGGGAUAUAACCGAGACCAUAUCUGAUGAGAGAGCAGAUAUUGCAGUUCUAGAAGAGCCAGAACAUCUUACAUGGUACCAUCAUGGACGGAGGUGGAAAACCAAAUUCCGUAAAGUUAUAGGUGUUGUUCACACCAAUUAUCUGGAAUACGUGAAGAGGGAGAGAAAUGGGUACCUUCAGGCAUUUCUCUUAAAAUAUAUCAAUUCUUGGGUCACCGACAUCUAUUGCCAUAAGGUUAUAAGAUUAUCGGCAGCAACUCAGGAAGUCCCCAGAUCUGUAAUUUGUAAUGUUCAUGGCGUGAAUCCCAAAUUUAUUGAAAUUGGCAAAUUAAAGCAUCGGCAGAUUUCUCAAGGAGAUCAUUCAUUCUUCAAGGGUGCAUAUUAUAUUGGAAAGAUGGUCUGGAGUAAAGGUUACACAGAGCUGCUCCAGCUGCUUCAGAAGCACCAAAAGGAAUUGUCUGGACUCAAGAUGGAGCUGUAUGGCAGUGGAGAAGAUUCUGAUGGAGUUAAAGCAGCAGCUGAGAAACUCAGUCUAGAUGUCAGAGUCUAUCCUGGUCGCGACCAUGCAGAUUCAAUAUUUCAUGACUACAAGGUUUUCAUAAACCCAAGCACAACAGAUGUAGUUUGCACUACAACUGCAGAGGCGUUGGCGAUGGGAAAGAUCGUGAUCUGUGCAAACCAUCCUUCAAACGAGUUCUUCAAAAGGUUUCCGAACUGCCACUUGUACAGCACCGAGAAAGAGUUUGUGAGACUAACCAUGGCAGCGCUGGCGGGAGAGCCAGUUCCACUGUCAGAGGAAAUGAGACACGAGCUUUCCUGGGAGGCAGCGACAGAGAGGUUUGUCAGGGUUGCUGAUAUCGCACCAGCCACGCCCACGAAGGCACAUCCUCCCUCUUCACAGCGUUUUAUGUACAUCAACCCGGACGAGGUGAAGAAGAACAUGGAGGAGGCAUCGGCGUUUGUCCAUAAUACAAUCUCUGGGUUUGAGGCUGCCCGCUGGGUGUUUGGUGCGAUACCGAAUAGCCUGCAGCCCGAUGAGCAGCAGCGCAAGGAGCUUGGCUGGAGGCCUCACCAGGGGCUAUAGCCUCCUUUGAUGCUGCUGACAUCGACGGUGCAAUCAGGACUAAUCGCAGUCCAGUUGGUUGGGCUCAGGGAACUAACUCAGGAACAGAAACAUCUGUUUGCUCCAAAAGGAUUACAACUUGACAGGCCCUUGUUCUGACUUUCUGGUAUUGGUGGAACUGCAAUUUCAUCUGACGCAUCAUAUCUGGCGGUAAUUGUACAGUGUACAGCAGGUGAAGUGCUCUUGUAAACGAGAAAGUUGAAACCCUCGACGACGCUGUGGUCUGGUCGUCAUGUAGCACGUGUGCUCUGUAACAUGUGACAACAACUGCCGUGUAAAGCUGCUCUUGUUUCGCAACAUUCUCUGUGUUGCUGUUCCUUGUCUACUUGAAAAAGUCUUGUGUAUUUUCA